UGGUAACUCCUGCUGCACAGCAACAGGUUCUGGUUCUGCCGGUUGUUCUGAAGACAUAUCUGGACCGCUGGUUCUGCUCCAUCCUCCUUUCUGAUCUUUUGUGUGCGGAGAGAGAUGUAAAGGUCUUUGGGAAUAAAUGCAGAGUUUCUAGUUGUUCAGCCCCAAAGAGCUGAAGGAGACAAGGGUUCCCAGCUCUGAGUGGGAUGUUAACAGACUGGUGGCGCGUUGAGGCUGAAGGAGCAUGGUGAAACACCAACCGUUACAGGUCUAUGAGAAGCAGGUCUUUCUGUCUUUGGUUACUGGGAUCUAUGGUUGCCGCUGGAAACGCUACCAGCGUUCCCAAGACGAGAGCUCCAAGUGGGAAUGUGCAUGGUUCAUCAUCUUGAGCAGUUCUUUCCUCCUGCUUCUCCUGUGGGCCUAUUUUUGGUUGGUUUCUCAGAAUGAUUUUAACGACUUCAACUGGUCCGUCUACAAUCAUUCUGGGGAAUGGAGGGACGAGACCGUCCCCAUUCUCACCUCAACCACUGUGGGACUCAGCUAUAUCACAUUCCUCUUGAUUUUGGCACUUUUCCACAUAUCACUGGGUCAACAACUGAACCUAUACUGGGUUCAUAAGAUCGGAGUAUUGGCUACGCUACUCACCACUGUCUCUGGUUUUGUCUCUGUGGACGACAUUUGGGGAGAUGAGUGGGAAAUCAUUCAUAUUUCACUACAGUUCACUGCCCCUUUCCUGCACAUCGGAGGCCUGGUCACUGUCACAGCUGUCAGCUGGCUGGUGGCCGGCUAUGUCGUUCGCAAAGAGAGAUCCAAUUUUCAGGGGAUGGUGUUGGCAGUCUUCAUCAUAGUCCUUCUGGCUCUCUGCCUUGCUCCUCUUACCUUCACCUGCCCCUGUAUUAUGGACCGUCAUGUCCUCAAACCACCACCAGCCAUUAUUGGUAGACGAGGAGCUCCUAUGGUGACAUGGGCCCCUGACACAGACAGAGGACGGGUGCGAGCCCUUCACCAAACCACAAACGAGAAGCUGUCUGUGGAAGAGAUAAGGCACAGGGGAAUUACAAGUGUGACCCUCCACUAUAGAAAGAUCAGCUACGAAGACAUUCAGGAAUAUCUGGCACACAAUGUGAGCGUGACUGUCUACCCUGUGAAUGAGCCUUGGCUGUACUCCAUUCUGUGGUGUAGCGGGGUGCCUUCCGUAUCCUCCGAUGCCCCUCAAGUUCUUCACAAAGUGCCUUACCCCGUCUGGCUCAUGAGUCACAGUGCUUACAACUUCAUCUGGAUCUCUUCAGACAUUGUCUCUGUUGCUGUCAUCAUGGGAAUUUUCUUUUUCCAGAAGUGGAGAAUAGGCGGGAUGCAGAACUACAAUCCAGAACAGAUCAUGUUGAGCGCUGUGGUGCGACGACCAAGUCGAGACGUCAACAUCAUGAAAGAGAAACUCAUUUUUUCAGAGUUGAACAAUGGGCUGGGCAGCACUGAGGAGCUGUCUCUGUUUCCUGAGAACGGUCAUGUCAGAAGCUCUCAUGGACGCCUCAACUGCUGAACAACACAAACUGAUAUAAAAUAUAUUCUGUCUGAUGCAGUAAAAAAAACACUGAUUAUUAUUCAGACUAAAAAGGUCUCUUGUUAGCGGCACUGAUGGAAGGUGCUGCUUCUAGCCGAAAUGCGGAUAAAUGUUUCCCUGUAUAGCCUGUUUAUUAACUUGAAUAUUAUUAUAAAAAGGCUGUUUUGGUCAAAUAAAUAACUUUUUGAUGUGUUUUAUUGUAAAUCAUUUUCCUGACGUUUUCAACAAACCUGCAAAAACUAAAAUAAAAACAUUAGUCAUUAGGGCAACAGUGUUAGCCUUAAGUUUGAACAGCUGGCUGGUAUCCUUCAUUAACUAAGAGACUGGUUCAAAAAUGAGAUGAAGAAAUGAAAAUGGAAAUGCAUUCCAAAAAGUAAAAAACAAUCCACUGGACUUUGUUUCCAAAUUUGAAGACGUUUCGCUUCCCAUCCAGGAAGCUUUUUCAAUUCGAAAUGUCAGAAUUAGCUUUGAGUUCAAAGCUUUUAUAGAACGGCCCAAAAACCAAGCCUUGUUCGGGAAAAGACUCGGCGGUACAUCUAGACCUUAUGGACAAAGGACAUUCUUUUGAGGACCAGAAUGUGUUAGGAUUUGUUUGUGGAUAGUGGACCCAAAAGCAGAAGGUAGAGGUGAAUUUAUAGUAGAUUUAAUAAUGAGUUACCGGAAACAGAGGCAGGUUAUCAAAAAAAUCUAAAUGUAAUCAAAGUCCAAAACAAACAAGAAACCAGGAGUCCAAAAAAUGAAAAAGUUCAAAACAUGAAAAUAAGUAAAACAAACCAGAAACAAUGGAGACAUCAGAGGAAUUACUGUAAUCACGAGGAAGGCUCAGAGAGACAAGUUGGAGGAAGAUUGACGAGGUUAGACGGUGUUUGACGAGGACCCAGCAAAGAGGAACUGAAGAGAGGGGGCUUUUAAAGGAGACUGAGACAAAGAGAGGGCUAAUAAGGAAACUGGGAGCAGGUGUGCACAGAACAAGAGAGGGA